CGCGCACAGCCCUCCAGUCCCCACACAUCACAAGCGCUGAGCACCCAAAAUCUUCAAUUUCCCUGCAACCAUGGCUUCCCCCAUGAAAUGAUAUCUAUAAGUAACCACACACACACACACACGAAUGCUUAAGCUCGAGCAACGGAAAACACUGCCUCACACAGUACUGAUACUGAUUCACAUAGAUCGCCAGUGUGCGUUCUUCCCGGCCGCGCAAAUUAAUUAAUUCCGAGAAUGUGCAGUGGUGGCAGCGCCGUGAGGAGGAUGAAGUUGGGCUCUCAGGGGCUGGAAGUAUCGGCGCAGGGAUUGGGGUGCAUGGGCAUGUCCCAGAGCUACGGCCUUCCGAAGCCCGAAGACGAAAUGAUCACUCUCAUUCACCACGUCAUCAACGCCGGAGUCACCUUCCUUGACACCUCCGACGUCUACGGCCCCCACACCAACGAACUCCUCAUCGGAAAGGCGUUGAAAGUGGGAGGGAUGAGGGAAAGGGUUCAAAUAGCGACCAAGUUUGGGUGCCGACGGGUGGAGGGGAAGCUUGAGGUGUGCGGGGAUCCGGCGUACGUGAGGGCGGCGUGCGAGGCGAGCUUGAAGCGCCUCGGCAUUGAUUGCAUCGAUCUCUACUAUGUGCAUCGCAUUGAUACCCGCCUGCCCAUUGAAGUCACGAUGGGAGAACUCAAGAAACUAGUUGAGGAGGGUAAAAUAAAAUACAUAGGUCUAUCCGAGGCUCGUCCUUCAACAAUACGAAGAGCACAUGCAGUUCAUCCAAUAACAGCAGUGCAAUUAGAGUGGUCCUUGUGGACAAGAGAUGUAGAAGAAGAAAUAAUUCCCACUUGCAGAGAACUUGGAAUUGGGAUUGUUCCUUUUAGUCCUUUAGGAAGGGGCUUCCUUUCACAUGGGCCAAAUGUUACUGAGAACUUGACAAAUAAUGACUUUCGAAAGACUUUACCCAGGUUCCAACCAGAAAAUCUAGAGCAUAACAAGCACAUAUUUGAGACGGUAAAUGAAUUGGCAAACAAGAAGGGUUGCACCCCGUCGCAGCUGGCACUAGCUUGGGUCCAUUUACAAGGGGCUGAUGUGUGUCCCAUACCUGGAACCACUAAGAUUGAGAACUUCAAUCAAAAUGUGGGUGCUUUGUCCCUAAAACUAACACAAGAAGAGAUGGCUGCCCUGGAAUCCCUUGCUGCUAUAGUGAAGGGGAACAGAUAUGCAUCUGGUGUUAUUACAUGGAAAGACUCGGAGACUGCCCCUCUAUCUUCAUGGAAAGCUAAUUAAAGAGAUGCCUAUAGUACCUUCUCGAUUGCAUACUAGUAGGGAAAUAAUUGAUUUCUCGCAUAUUGUAUUUCGAAGUCAUCCAAGAAGACACAAGAAAGGACUACAAGGCUUGCCUUAAUAGUAGGGUCCACCUUGGCCCUGUGUCUAUCUUGGACAAUCUGGGGAUGCAAGAUGCCAAGAAAGCUAUAAUAAUGCCUACUUGCAGUUCUUAGAAAAAUGAACUUAAGUUUAUAUGCUUUUGUUUUAGAUAUAUAACUAUGGGUUUAAUGUAUGUGUUCAAGUAAGAUAUAUUUGUUGAAGGUGUAUUAAUAGUGUGCAAGGGAAUAAAUAAGAUAUUGAAUGAA